AUGAACCCUUUUUGGCAGAUGCCCUCUGCUUUGCGGGAAACAGUACAGAGUCUACUACAAUCUCUCGACAGACGGGAUGGGCCCAGACAGAAGGACGACGAGCCCGACGAGGAUGCCAUUGCAUUACUCGAAGAUAGCGAGAGGGAGGCCCCUCCGAUCCAGAAGCAGCCGCUUCCACCGAGGGUCGAAAAGUCAACGUCUCGCAAGAACUACAUCGUCGUCAUUGGCAUCGCUGCCCUCUUCAUCGGCCUAAUUGCAAUUUUUCACAGCAGGAGUGCUUCAUCACAAGGUACAGCCGCAACCGAACAAGCGACGUUCAAUGACCUGAAAGAAACCCGCUAUAAUGAUUACUUCCACGUCCUCAUCCCUGGAACUUCGGACUCGUCCGCGGACUUUUGCAAAACGAUCGUCAGCGGAGCGGUGUUGAACUAUCCGACCCCUUGGGCCAUUGUCUACGAUACGACCAAUGCGACAAGGACGGCAUUCUCCAAGAUCGAACGAGUCUCUGCGUGGAUGAAUCGCAUGCCCGAGCAGAAUGAUCCGGAUCUCGUCGCGGUCAUCGGCAACGCUCGAUCGUCGUGGUUCCAGGUGCGGCCGGAGGUUCUCAUUCAACGAUAUCUGGACAUUCGACGGAAAGAAGAACAUCGGCUCGACGAUCUGUUCCCUUCGACCACCGCCACGCGCGCGCAGCAGUACCCGAAGAGCCGAAUCGUCUUCUCCAGCGAACCGGUCUGCGCGCUGGAGGAUUCCUCGCAGUGUCUGGAAGUCCCAGCACCGGACGGAUCCGUGCAAUUCCUGAGUACAGAUAUUGCGAUUGGGCCGCUCCGAGAUCUGCGGGAGCUGUGGAGGCAGGCGACGUCCGUGGCCAACCAGACCAUCCUCGCGAACCGCGUCGUGCACGAACAUGGAGUCUUCACGGGGCUGCUGCGGAGACAGACGGCACAUCGGGAAUCCAUCGACCAUUUCCCCUCCGUCAGCGCCGCGGGCAACCUGCACUUCAACGAGCGCAACGAAUUCGGCAUCACGCUGGACUUCCACCGCGAGCUCAGCUACGCCGCCGACGACAAGCUCGAGGGCGUCAGCUGGCUGGAACCCUCCGACGAGCGCUUCGCCCUCCUGAAACUGCCCCCGGACAUCGCCGACUCCCAGCCUCCCUUCUGGUCCUACAACAAAUCCCUCGAACUGCCCCUCGAGAAGAACUGGAGCCACGUCUCCCUCCUCACCGACGUCCGCUCCAACGUCAUCCCGGCCGUCAUCCACCGCGGGCCCCGCGCCGCUUUCAACCUGACGACGUCGUGGUGGGCGCAGAUGUGGUUCCAUCCGCACGCCCGCAAAUUGCUCGACAACUUCGCCGCGACGCCCAUGGAUCCCAUCGCGCUCGUGACGGGCGAGGAUGGCCGCUCGCGCCGCUUCUGGAGCCCCAUCCGCGAGCGCGUCGGGCUCAAGACGGCGAAUGGUGUUUUCCAUGAGUUUGAUGGCAUCUGUGGGGGCGGGGAGGAUUGGAGGGAGAUCUUCCUGGAUGACUUGGGACGUUGGCAGGAUCCGUCGCCUUGA